ACUCCUCUGGGCCAUGGGGGAGUUCACUUGGCGGAGACUUCUCCGUUUGUGUGAGGUGGCUCACAUCCAUAAUCUGUGAAUGCCAUUUUUCUCCAGGGACUGUGACAUUGCAGAUGUGCUGAGUUGGUAGGUUUACAGGCUGGCUGCUGGGCAGACGUCUGGGCUAAUUCACUCUGACUAGCAGGUAGUUACACGACAGCCGAACAGGCAGCUUAAGAAAAUCUGACACUCACUUUGAGAGGCAAAACAAAGUAGACGUCUUAAAGAAGCGGUUUAUACUCCAACAAGUUGCACCAACUGUUCAGGCAUGCAGCUGGUAGCCUGCUUAGCGGUGCUGGUGCUCUGUGUGGCAGAGGCUGUAGAGAAUUGUCCCGAUGUAUGUAAAUGCACCAAGCAAACCAGCCCUGAAAGGUCAGAGGUCAACUGCCACAAGAAGGGGAUGAGGAAGUUCCCCUCCAAACUGCCCCCGGAUUCCUGGAUUCUUAAAAUGGGCGAGAACAGAAUAGUAGACCUCCCGCCAAACGUUCUGAAACCCAUCCCCAAGAUCGAAAGCAUCAACUUGGAACGCAACGUCAUCAAAUCAAUACACCCCCAGGCCUUCUCUGGAGCCCGGAGGCUGAUGCUGCUCAACCUGUAUGGGAAUCAGAUCAACAAACUCCCCCUGAAGGGCUUCCAGGACCUGCUCAACCUCCGCUUCCUCAUGCUGGGCCAGAACCAGAUUUCCAGUGUCAAACCAGACAUGUUCACUGGCAUGAGGAACCUCUCAGACCUGGACCUGCCUCUCAACUCUCUGACUGCCCUCCCUUCCAACGCCUUCAAGCCUCUGAUCGCCCUCAAGGUCCUGGACCUGGCCCUCAACCGCAUCCAGAGAAUCUCCACAAAGGGCUUUGUGGGCUUGACGGAGUUGCUGUUCCUCAACCUGGACAACAACAGCCUAAAGAGUAUCCCGGCUGGGGCCUUCAAGCCUCUGGCCUCCCUGGAGAUGCUGGUGCUGGAUAACAACCUGCUGUCCACGCUGACCUCAGCCACUCUUGAGGGCUUGUCCAACCUGCAGGAGCUCUACCUCAGGAACAAUGAGUUGGAGAGGCUGCCCCAGGACCUGUUCAGACACACACCCAAGCUUUCCCAGCUGGCCCUCAGUGGGAACAGGCUGAAGACUGUGGAUGGAAGCAUGUUCACCCAGCUGUCUGGCCUGAAGGAGGUGUAUCUCCAUGACAACCCCUGGACGUGUGACUGCAACAUCAACAACCUGGUGCGCUGGAUGUCCCAGACCAAGGCCAACCUCUCCCCUUUGGAGUCCCUGAGGUGUGUUGCCCCAGCAGGUUACCGUGACAAAUCCCUCAAUAGCCUCAAAGACCAGAAUCUGCGCUGCCGGGCCUAGACUGAAGACACGCCAACCCUUACAACGUGCUGCCAAGACUGAAGCCAAACCAACCUUUACUCUACUCCAGCAUCCUGCAUUAGCCACGGUCCUGCUACAGAGUUACCUGUUAUACAACACCUACUACUCAGUUAUGGUCGAAUGACAACACAGUUACCCAUUUCUGUAUAACACCUAAACUCUUAAAAAAAAGGGUUCCAAAAGGGUUCUUUGUGAAGACAAUGGUUCUUUGUGAGGCAAAGGGUUCUACCUAGAACCUUUAACAGCAUAAGAACUGUUUUUGGAAGAAAGGGUUCUUUGAUGAUUCUUUGGAAGGCAAGAAGAGUUAUACGUAGAAUCAUAUACUGUAUCAUAUAUCCCACCAUUCUCUAUUGCAGGGGCAUUUUCAGUAUUGUUUGUUUUAAUAUCUGUGUUUUUGCAUGUACAUUGAUUGAUUGAUAUAUUUGAUGCUACACAUUUUUCUAAACAAAUCCAAUCUGUCCGUAGUUAUUUAUUUUACUGAGAUGGUUGUUCCAGUUUAGAUGAUUGAGGUGGUCUCAGUAUUCUAUCUUCCCUACCCUGGCAGUCAGUCAUUUUAAAUGCUGGUUGAGGGUGAUAAAGAAUUCCACUUGUUGUUUAUCCUAACUCUGGCUGGAUUCCAAUAGGAAUUAAACAUCACUUUGCAAGCCAAAACUCCUAGUUUGCAGGCCUGAUGUUGCCUGUAAACUAGAAGUUUCCUAACACAAUUGUGUUAGGGUAUAACUCUGAAAGAAAGGCUAUAUGAUAUUUGUAAUGUAUUGUCAUAAAUAAUACAAUUUUACAAAUAUAAAAGGAUUCUCGGUAGAACUCUUCAAAGAGGGUUCUAGGAAGAACCUUUAGAUAAUAAAGUGGUUAUUGGUAGAACCCUUCAUAGAGGGUUGUAGGCAGAACCUUUCAUAUAGGGUUCAAGGUAAAACCAAACAGGGGGUUCUAUGAAGAACCCUACAUAAAGGGCUAUACAGGGAGAACCCUCUGCAAAAAUAGUUCCCUUAUGGGGACAAACUGAAGAACCCUACACGGUUCUACUUAGCACAUUUUUUUUCUAAGAGUGUACUGCAACCAUCGUCCAACAACACUGUUACCUACUCCUGUGUAACACCCACACUAGCCAUGGCCCAGCCACAGAAUGACCUGUCAUUGUGCAACACCCACACUAGCCAUGGCCCAGCCACAGAAUGACCUGCCAUUGUGCAACACCCACACUAGCCAUGGCCCAGCCACAGAAUGACCUGUCAUUGUGCAACACCCACACUAGCCAUGGCCCAGCCACAGAAUGACCUGUCAUUGUGCAACACCCACACUAGCCAUGGCCCAGCCACAGAAUGACCUGUCAUUGUGCAACACCCACACUAGCCAUGACAACUGACAACUAUACAGUUAGCUAUUACAUUCCAACCAUAAGCCAGAGAUAUUAUAACAGUAUCACAGAAAGAGAAAGAAGAGCAAAAAGGGAUAUUUAAUAGCUUGCCCUGAGCUUUCUGUAAUUGUGGUGUUCUACUUUCCAUCAACCCCAAACAUACAAUUGACAUCUUCCUUAAACUUGCUAUUAUUGAGGCGCGCUGAGAAACAUGCCUCUGUAAUAUCCUCUGUAAUAGCUCAUUCAUCUGUGCUCCUGUUUUAGUUUCUUAAUCUUGUGUAUUUUAUAUUAUCUGAAGUAAAUGUAUUUCUAGCUUUUCUUUACAGUAAUAUCCUAUGCUGAUAAACCUAUAACAUAAGCUUAUUUUCAUGACACAAUAUGUAUAUAAGGCAAUUAUACUAUUCAACAGAUAUGCAAUCAUUUUAUGCUUCUUAGUGUGAUAUCUUUGACGAUUUGCCUAUGUUUCCGAGCUUGUCACUAUAGAUUGUAGUCAGUUGAUCUCCUAAUCUAAAUAUACAAUAUCUCAUUGUUUCCAUUGAGUGAAACAUAUGCUAUUGCACUAGUACAAUCCUAAAACAGAAUUAACUCAGUCUGUAGUCUAAUUGAUUUCAUACUGUACAUUCAUUUUGAAAUAAAGGCAAUUGUGUAAUGAA